UCCUUUCUCAAAGAGGAGCAGGGCCGCUGGACGAUGGCAUCAACGGGACUGCUGCUGCUGGAGUUGGGUCUUUACGCCAGCUGUUUCGUCUGUGGGAUCGUCACCGCCGCGUCCAUCACCAUAGUCCAGGGUAAUUUUGGAGGUCGGUGUAUGCUUUACGGACUCGUCUCUUACAAUGGAUCAGCGAGCCUCAUUGACGUCCAGUCCUCCAGCUCCUCCUCUCUGUGCUACUUUGUGUCUGCCAUAUCUGUCAUGGUGGCAGUGGUGUGUUUCUCGUUGUCACUGUACUGGCUCUACAGUUUCUGCAUCGACGGGGAGGUCAGAAGGGAGCGCAUGUGGAUGAACAUGAUCGUGAUCGUGUGCGGCGCCUUCCUGUUCUUCCUGCUCAUCACGGGGUGCAUGCUGAAGAUCGGACGCGACUCGCUCUGCCACUCGGUCAUAACCAACGUUCCCAACAUUACCAGCUGUGAGGAGGCCCAGACCAGGCAGUGGGUCAGUCCACUCAAAGGAGGACGCUUCUACAACAGUCUGUACAAAGCAGAGACGGCAGUGUGGGUCAACUUCUUCUUCUGGCUCAUCAUCGGUGGUCUGGUGUUUAUUCAGCGGCGCCAGAGUUCAGGGUCAAAGGUCAUUGCUGGAGGGUUCGGCGGACCAGCUGGAGGGCUGUUUGGUGAUCCGGGAGUGACGGCUGCGGAGACCGAGCCCUUUUUCAACCGACCCGCACGGCCACAGUGAGGACACGGUUCACAGGUUACUUACAAAAAACAGAACAACAACAACAUGGUAAUGUGGGAAAUAGGUCAAGUCCUUUAUUAGACACGGCUUUGUAUUUUUCAGGAGGCAGAGUGAAUACUAACACCUAUCAUUAUCAGGUCACAUGUGAAACAUUUAGCAGUAUUCAUUUGUCACUGCAUCAGAGUUAAAACACACGCCCGACGAGGAUGGGAUUCGAACCCACGCGUGCAGAGCACAAUGGAUUAGCAGUCCAUCGCCUUAACCACUCGGCCACCUCGUCACAUACAUAUCAAUUAAUAGAAGAAAACAAAAAGUGCCUCCUUAAGUCCGUCAACGCUGACUUGUCUACACAAACAAAAGCUAGAUGUUCCUGUUUCCCACAUUUACAAAGUUACCAAAGCCACCGCGACACCUGACUACUGCAUCACUGUUGUUUACAUAACCAAGACAUGGGAGAAAGUCUGUUUUAGACAUGUACUUUUUUUAUUUCAUUAGUGCGCUCAUAUUUUGUAUUUGGGAUGUGAUUGUGAAUGGCAAAUGUUUUUAUACACAAAGACAUUUUUCACUCAUCUUACAUUUUUAAAUCGCUUUUUGCCACAUUUCGUACAAGAGUUCAAAAGAAAACUACAAGUCCUUUUUAAAAUGUGUCUAAAUGUUAGUGCAUCCUUUGGCAUCAUGUAGAAACACAGUUUAGGAUUUUUUUUGUAACUCUUAAAGUUUGCUCUUUGUCUCCUUAUUUCCAAACAGUUUUUUUUUUAAAGUUUUUUUUACUACGUUUUCAGUGACAUUGAAUGCCUCCUUCGCCAAACGGUUGUUUUUCUAACCUAGCUGACUGCUAUUGUGUAUCAGUUUCAUUUUUUUUUUUCGCAGACAGAUUUCUCAAGCAGUCAUGUUCUAACUCUGUGAAGCAGAAGAUUUAGUUGGUCUUGUAAGGGUCACGACAAUACAGUAAAGCCAACAUACCGGAAAAUGUACUAAAUUGUGUUUAAAAUGUCUAAAUGGUAUAAAGAAUGAGGAAUGGUCCCUCUGCUGUUUCAACUGUUUCAAUUUCACUUCUUUUUUUUUAACCCUUUAACAUUUGAAUGAUCUACUGUCGACCUUCAUGUUCAUUUUUGUAAGUUGUCUUGUAUUUAUGAUGUUUUUUUCAUUUAACAUAGUUUUUUUUAAUUUCUUUUGUCUGAAAAUGUUUGUGUUUUCCAUCUUUGACCGUUCAGUUUUUACAUAGGAACAAAAAAAAACCUUAAAAGAAAAACAUGCGAUAGGUUGAAUCAACAUCACUGUGACCGUAUAAAGUGCCAUCACCAUCACAGAACUUUGACCUCUACUAACCCGACUAGCUUCACUCUUGGGUGCUCAUCAAAUCCUAAACUCAUCCCUGUGUGUGUGUGUGUGUGUGUGUGUGUGUGUGUGUGUGUGUGUGUGUGUGUGUGUGUGUGUGUGUGAGUGAGAUUUUUCUUAAGACAUGCAGCACUUGGUAUGAAGCAAAUCUGCAGUUUACACCAAUAAACCAAAGAGUUGAAACACAA